AUAAAACAAGUAGAUAAUAUAUAUAUAUAUUGCUUAUAUAUUGAUAUUCUUUGAUUUGCAUUCAUACACUAACUAAAACAGUUCUUUUUACUGAUACUCAAAAUUUUCUUCAGAUACUUACAUAUGUAAGUCAAAAGUGUAGAUUACUAUGUACUGAACGAGUACCGGACGAACUAAUGACUAUUCAUGAUUCCAUAAUUGAAUCAAUUACAGACCGGUUCAAAACUAGAGGCAUGGUAAAACUUCGUUUGAAACGAUGUGGUAGAAAGCAACGUGCGACUUGAAGGACAUGAUCAACUGUGGAUUAAAUUUACUCAUAUAUACAUAUUUUUAAUCUCUGAACUUAUAAAUUUAAAAACUAAAAUUAUGAAGUGCGUUUAACAAUGUAAGUACUACCAAGUUUGGAAGAAUAGAAAAUGCGAAAAAGUUGUACAGAAACUUGUAGAAACUAGAGUUGGCUUAAUUACCGUUGUUACAGUGGUCCCCUGAACGGCAAGGUGAAGGACUUGAAAGUGCAAAUUACCAGUUGAAAGCUCAUCUUCCUAAAGCUAUGUUGUUCAGCACGGUUUCCCAUAUUUUUUCUGAGGAUUUACUGUCAUAGUCAUCAAAUGCACAGCUACCAUGUCAAUUUCGUGUCCGUGUGUGUUUCCAUGUCUUAGCAUAUAGAAUCAUUUCAAAGACUAUCUUAUGGAGAACGAGCUAGCUUAUUAAAGUCACACCAACUUCAGGAUAAUAACAUUAUUCAUGGAGACAGAAACAUAUGGCAAGUACAAAUAAUGCAAAUGAUAAUAAAUAGCUAUGCACCCCUAUGUUACAGAUCACAAACAUAGAAAAGCAAGUCUGUUUUUCCAUGAAUCAUGGAUCUAGAUUUACUUCUUGCCUGAAAAGCCUUCUGUUUACAUACCUCUAUUAUGUUGGGACAUCAAACAGGCUCUGGCCCAUGUUUAAACGAGCAACAACUAGUUCUUGCAAGACAGGAUAUUAAUUUUGCAAAGGCGAGAAACAUCAAAGAAAUGACAUAGCUCUAAAUCAACCCAUUUUUCCUCUGGUUAUAAAAACAAGAAUGUUAAUCAAUGAUACAACAGAUAUUUAUUGAGAUGCCCUACAAUCCAAGCUUUGAGCCUGAGAUAUAACUUGGAGGGGAUGUGGGAGAGACAUAUAUUCAAAUUAGAGCAUGAAGGUACAAAAGACUAUUAAUUAAUCAUAUCUAAAGUGAUCCUCAAUAAAAGAUAUUUAAGUGA